CCGGAUUAUUUCGCUUUUCAGUGCCGAACGGUAUCACCGGAGACGAACAUGUCCACUCCGGUGCUCAUUCUUUUGACCAUAUUUUUGCAAAGUUUUCUCGUCCGUGCCAGUGAGAAAGAAGGCGUUUUCGACAAAAUCAAAUCAGGCUUGCAGUACGCUACGGACUAUUUGAAAACGGCGAAGGAAAUCGCUGACCUCGUGUCCAGGAGUCUUGGACAUCGAAACAACGAUAGGAAUCACAGCAAAGGCGAGGAGGAGGCUAACAGGAACAGGAAGAACGAUGAAAAGCGGGGGGACGACUCGGGCAGGGAUGACGGGAGAUCGAAAAACUCGAAAACUCCGAAUUUGCUCUCCGGAUUCUUCAGACUCCUCGGACUCGACUCACCGAGGAUAGCUGCGAUCGCUGUCAACAGCGUAAUUUUCCUGGCCCAAAUGAUCAGCUCGCUCUUCGAAGUGAAACCAAAGCUGGUGGAGGAAUCGAGAGCAAGGAGCGACGAAAGUCUUUUCGAUCCGUUGGAUUUCAUCGUUGAAAAUAAAAACGAAAAGGUCCAAAGUUUAGUGGAGCAAGCCAAAGAUCCACGACUGCCGAUACACUUGAUAGAAAAACUGGACGGUCCCAAUUCCGCGUGCGUGAGACUUUUCAUCUGCAAAAGUUCACCGAUAAUAUUGGCAGCUCAGAAUUCGUUGAAAAAUAGAACAGUCGAAAGAAGAUUUGACAUAACGUCGUGGCUCCCAAGGAUGGAAGACUUCGAGGAUAACGCGGACAGAUGCGACGAGAAGCAUGACGACUGCGCCUUGUUCCCGGAAUGACGUGACCCACGAUUGUCAUCUGGAAAUAUAAUUUAAAAAAAGUAUUAAAACGUGCAGAUUUCGAGAAAUUUUCAGACGGACAUAAAAAAAAAAAAAAGAAAAAAACAAACGGGACUGGGAGCAAGAGAAUAAAACACCUCGUAUUUAAAACAAAACAAUUUCACUUUA